CUAUGAACUGGAAGGGAGGUACACUGGAAAAGGAUUACACCACUAUAGAAGAUCCACCACAAAUCGAGAGGACGAUGGAGAACGGCAAAUCGGGAAAACGCAGAAACAUUGAGAUUCAAUGAUCGAUACUUCUUUCAGAAUCCAAUAAAAAAGGUUUGAUUUUCAAUUCUAAGAUUUCUGAGAGGGCGAGGUGGAGAAACUUUAGAUUUUGGCUAAAUCCUUGUCUGGUUUAGUGGCUUAGUUCUUGUUUUGAAUUUCUAAUUCGAAAUUCAUCUAUUACCCUUUGAAACCAGAGCUAUAAAGAUGGUAAUCGAUCUUUCAAUUUCAAUUUAGACUCAAAUGCUUCAUGUUUCUUUUUUCCUCAAGAUUGUUAAGAAGAAUGUUAAUGGUUAUACUACUAUAGGUUUGGCUUUAGGUUUUUCAUAGCUCAUUUUAACAAGACAUGCCAUUUGAAUAAGAACUGUAAGGCUAAACCAUCAAGUGAACUGACUGCAGUUGGUGUUGGUAAAGCCCCUGGGGUCACAGAAACUGACCUCAAUCAGUCUUCUUUUAGAGUUGAGGUACCUUUGAGCAUUGAAGGAGUGGCUGAAGAUCCUAAGUUAUGUAAUUCAGGCUCAGGGUACCUUGAUCACAUUUGUCACAACUCUUUGACAGACAAAGUGAAUUCAUUGGCUAGCCCAUAUAUUUUUAACUGUUUUUGUUAGGUCGUUACAUUGUCCACUUGAUUGCUAGAAAAUUACACCCUUAGCAACGUGCGUUGGAUAGGAAACACUUAAAAAUUCAGGAGAACAGAGGCAAGGAACUUGGGUUUUUUUUACCUUUGCUAUUAGAGGAACUUCUUACAAUUUCCGUCAUAUUUUGCUCAAAUGUUAUGCUAACUUAUAUUUCUACAGGUUUCAUAGGAGGUAAUCCAUCUGACACGAACUCAAGUGGCAUAAUUGAUUUAAUAUUUAUUUGUGCAAUUUGCAUCCAAGUUAAGGCAAACUCAAGAUCACUGCAAGCCCCAUUGACUAGUGGGUUAAUAUUUUUCACUGCAAUGGGUAUUGUCCAUUUAUUCUUGUUUGUGCAAGCCUUUUAGCAGCUUUGAAUCCAGUAGGAAAUGGUAGCUGCUUCAAAAUAUCAGUAGCCGGUUCAAACAAGAAUCAAAACUGAUGCUGGUCAAAAGGUUUUGUUUUCAGUUUGCUUGAAACUACUCAAUUGCCACACUAUUGAUAUAGAAAUCAUCCUAAAUAGGACUAAAACAUAGAGAAAUGUACCAAAAUAAGACUUUCAUGUUUUUUUCUCGGAAUAGGUCUUGACACUGUGGUAAUGUGACUUUGCAUUGUGGUAAUGUGGCAGUGUACAUGUGCAAAUUACUAUACUUUUUUGGUAAUGUAUAUGACCAUGUUUGGUAAUGUAAGUCCUAUUUCGGGAAUAAAAACAUGGAAGUCCUAUUUUGGUAUAUUCUCAAUGUUUUAGUCCUAGUUUGGUCUUUCUCCCCUAUUGAUAGGAGUCCAAAUAAGUUGGUCCGGCCACAUCCCGCUGUUUGGCAGCUUCCCUUUUUGACAGUAAAUGUUUUUUUGCUGAGACACCCUUGAUCAUCAUUUCAACUAAAGAUACAGGCCACACCUGCUAGUUAUUAUUCAUUGAAUUCGCUACCUUUGACAACCGGCCGCUUCCCUACGCCCUUCUGGUCAUGGCGAUACUUGAGGAAUUCCACGUCAAGACCGACGUUGGGCCGAAGCAAAAAGGGACGAAGCAUUGGGAGAUUGAUGAAUCUUCCUUCCACCCGGGAACCGAUGAAUCUCCAUUCCCGCAGCCUCAUCCACGCCGCCAACCAAGGGCAACCUCUUCAAACAACCCAUCUCUAGCCACGCAAAUGGCCGCCUUGACCGCCACCCUUUCUCGGAUUGACACCAACGUCUCCCAAACGGCCCAAAACUUCAACAUCUUGAGCCCUGAGCUUCAUGGGUAUUUUGACUUUGUCAACUACCCUUACGCUCAAAUGGUCCCCUACGUUCCUCCGCCAAACUCCGGGGGUGAACCAAGGGGAACAAAUGACGUUGGUGGUUUUGAUAAUUGCCAAACCGACGUGGAUAUGAAGAGUUUUCGUUGAACAACUCAAGGCGUGAAGAAUGACACGGAACAUGACCAAAAGACUCAAGGACAAGAUCAAGAAUUGAAGACUUAGUCAAGUCGGUCUUAGGGGCUGUUUGGCAACUUUUGAAUAGGUUUUGAAUAUACAAGGCGGAAAUAAAGAUGAAAAGAAAGCAAGAGAACAAGA